AUGUCCCAAGAAGCCACGACAACAUCUACUCCAAAACCUGCUCUUCAGGCUGCCGGCCACUCUGGUGUUUCUCAAUCAGAGUCUGGAGAGAUUUUUUUUAAGCCUUCCGACCUUGCAGAGGUUGAAUUUUAUAAAAAAGUUUCUGCAGACCAUCCAGAAUUACAAGAAAUUGUACCCACAUUUUACGGUAUCCUUACCGAAGGAAACAACAUUAUAAAUGCAGAAAAUGUUCAACCAGAACUAAUAGUAGUUAGCGAGACUCCUAAAGAAAGCCCUGGUGCUAAAAAGAAGAAGGAACAUGUUUUGGCACUUAAAAGCUCGCUUUACGGGUUUGAUGAACCUUGUAUUCUCGACGUUAAGCUUGGCCACAUUCUCUGGGACGAUAAUGCGGCUCAGGAAAAGCGCGACCGACUCGACGAAGUUGCACGCACAACAACUUCAGGGUCUCUUGAUAUGCGUCUUACUGGAAUGAAUGUGUAUUAUGAUGGAAAGCCUGAAGGUGAACGCGUUGAUUUUGGCAAAAACUACGGCCGUGAUUUGACUGCAGAGAGCUUUGCUGACGGACUUGCCAAAUACUUUGUGCGCGAAACUACCGGUAACAAAAUUUCUGAAGAGACUCGAGCUUAUUACAAGUAUGCGCUUUAUUAUUUUGUGAACCGUCUUAAGCGUGUAGCAGAACUUCUUCAGCAAAAGAGCUUUGUCAUGCGCGGCGCAUCUUUACUUUUUGUGUACGAGGGCAACGCAGAAACCGUGCAAAAGAAACUUAAUCAGCUUGAAAAGGCUCAAGAGCUUGAGCGUGCUGCUGAGGCUGUGGAAGAGGUAGCUGAGGAACUUGAGGAACUUGAAAACGAGCUUGAAGAAGAAGAAGAAGAAGAAGAACUAACGGCACAGGAUAUCCAGGACCAGCUGUUUAAGUUAGACUUGAUUGACUUUGCCCACACAAAGUUUUUGGAAGAAGAGGCAGGCCCAGAUGCUGAUGUUCUCCGUGGUAUUUCUAUUCUUACUGAUGUUUUCCAAGAUUACCAUGAUAAAAUUCACGAGUGGUGA